UUUUUCUCUCUCUCUCGUCUGUGUGUGUGAGUGUGUGUGUGUUUCUGUGUGUGUGUCUCUCAAUCAGCCAGGCUAGUGCCGCCGGAGCCAAGAGUUGCCGUUCCGCGCACCAAUGCCAAAACGCACAGGAGGAGUCAGUGCCAAAGGGUCAUUUAGCGCACCACUGCUGAGAUGGAAGGACUGUAGGGAGCACACAGAGUAAACAGCUGCUAUUUGGCCCCCACAGAUACGGCGAUCAUAGGUUUUUAAGAGAAAAAUCUUUAAAGAAUAAUAAUAAUAAUAAAAUAAAAAAGGGGGGCGAUUUUCUAUCAGCACGGUCGCUGCAGAGGUUGGGAAGUCCAGGAUUUUUUUUUCCUUUUUUCUUUUCGAUCUGCAAACAAACGCCACACUUCUCCUAACCUGCUUUCAUCGAUCCAUCGCAACAACAACAACAAAAAAGAAAGAAAGAAAGCCCCGCUUUGGCUUCCUCCCCCACUACCCGAUCCAGGUGUUGCUUCCACGGCAGGACACCGGCGCGGAUCUUCCGACUUUCAGCCCGGCUGCUCCGGCUCCUUAACGCGCAUCAAAAGUUUACACCUUCAGAGACUGUCGACGGGCUAGCGAUAAGAGCGCGCGAUCGGAGGGAGUGCGAAGGAGAGAGAGCGCGAGACAGAGAGCGAGAGGGAGAGAGAGGGAGGGAGAGAGAGAGCUGCUCACCGACACCACGGUUCAAGCCGACUCCAAGUGCCGUUCACCGGGCGAUGCCAGAGUAAAUGCCGGGGCAAUGUCCCGCCGCAAGCAGGUGAACCCGCAGCACUUAUCGUUGACGCACAGGGAGACGGUCCAAGCGGAGGUCAACCAUGACUCAGGCGCUCGAUCUCCCUCUCCGGAGCCGUCCACCCCGAGUCCUCGGAGGAUGGGGCCCGGGGAGCACGACCUCUUGACCUGCGGCCAGUGUCAGACCAACUUCCCCCUUGGUGACAUCCUCGUUUUCAUCGAGCACAAGCGGCGGCUGUGCAGGGGGCCCGGCGGCGGCGGGCCCGGCGCCUUCUCCAAGCCCGGCGAGGCCGGCGGGAUCAUGGGCGUUCCCGUCUCGCCCCGGGCCCGCUCGCUGGAGCUCGGCAGAGGAGGGUCACUUCCGGUGGAGGUGGGCAUCCAGGUGACCCCCGGCGGGGAGGAAGACGAGCACAGGAGGCUGACCCCGGCCAAGGGAAUCUGCCCCAAACAGGAGAAAGGAGAUAAAGACGAACCAUCCAGCUACAUCUGUACUACCUGCAAGCAGACCUUCAACAGCGCCUGGUUCCUGCUUCAGCAUGCCCAGCACACUCAUGGCAUCCGCAUCUAUCUCGACAACCAUCUGGCCAACUGCUCCCUCACUCCCCGCAUGGCUCUGCCUCCUCCCCCGGGAGCCGAUGCCUUGCCUCGCUCCCCUCUCCCUACUUUCCUUGGCGACACCAACAACCCAUUUCACCUCCUCCGCAUGGCUGCGCCCUUGCUCAGGGAACACCCCCACCCUCCAGGGUACAUGGAGACCCGCCUUCCUGCGACGCCGCCCUUUGUCAGCCCUCCGCCUCCCCCUAGGCCACCUCUAGAGCGACUGGGCCCAGAGGAAAUGGGGCUGCUGUCACAGCACCCCAGUGCCUUUGAGAGGGUGAUGAGAAUGACCCCCAUGGAGCCUCCAUCCAUGGACUUCUCCCGUCGACUGAGAGAACUAGCGGGCAACACAACCAAUAAUGGCGGGCCCACACCUCCUUUGUCACCAAACCGCGUGCCACCCAUGCACCGCCUGCUGAGUCCGACGCUUUUCCAGCCUGGUGCCAAGCCCCCAACAUUUCUCACCUAUGCCCCCCAGCCACCCGUAUCCCAGGGGGGCCAUGGCUCCUCCAGCCCUCCAGACGCACAGGGUCAGAAUAAUGCCCCUGGAAAGUCAAAAUCCUGCGAGUUCUGCGGCAAGAUCUUCAAGUUUCAGAGCAACCUAAUUGUCCACAGACGCAGUCACACAGGAGAGAGGCCCUACAAGUGUCAUCUGUGUGACCAUGCCUGCUCCCAAGCCAGCAAACUUAAAAGGCACAUGAAAACACAUAUGCACAACAAGUCUGGGAACAUGACGGGCUCUCCAGAACAGGGGAGUCGGGGAGAGGAAGGAGAAGGUGAGGGAAAAAAUCGAGAGGGCGAUGUGAGGGUUAUGGAGAUGGAUAAUGAGGAAGAAGAGGAAGAUGAGGAAGAAGAGGAGGAGGAAGAAGAGGAGGAGGAGGAAGAGCUAAGGAAUGGGAGUCGACCAGAUUCCAACCUGAGUGAGGACUCCCAGGAAUUCAGUCACAAUAGAGAAAAUGGUCCCAGACAGUCCCCUGAGGAGAAACCCAUGAGUGGGGACAGAGUUAAUGACAAUGGCGGGGUGGGCAUGAUGCACCCAUACAACCACCUGGACAAUCACCUUAGACUUAACCCUAACAAGAGAAGCUUGGAGAGGCAACCUAAUGGAGACAGUGGGGAGAGGAAUGAAGCUGAGAGAGAAAAUGACAGGGAACCAGACAGAGAGCGCGAGGAGCAAGAGGACAUUAGGCCCAUGAUGAAUGGCAGGAUCAGUGUAAGUGAAGUGGAGUCCUUUCCUGGGCUUUUUCAGCGUAGGCCCACCCCCAUCACCAGCCCGAGCCCCUCCAACAACAAGAGGAUCAAGAUAGAGAAAGAACAGUUGGAUAUUCCUCCGACCAUACCCCUCAUAUCCCCAGAAAAUGUCUACUCCCAGCUUCUGGCUGGCUACGCUGCUUCCCGCCACUUCAUCAGAGAACCUUUCUUGGGGUUCACCGACUCCCGCCAGUCUCCGUUCGCCACCUCCUCCGACCACUCCUCCUCGGAAACGGGAAGCCUGCGCUUCUCCACUCCACCCGGGGAGCUGAUAGAAGGCGGCAGCGCGUCGGGGCGCAGCGGAAGCAGCACCCCUCACCUCCUGCGCGGACCGGGACCCGGCCGGCCUCCCAGUUCAAAGGAGAAGCGAAACGACACCUGCGAAUACUGCGGCAAGGUGUUCAAGAACUGCAGCAACCUGACAGUCCACCGGCGCAGCCACACGGGGGAGCGGCCGUACAAGUGCGACCUGUGCAGCUACGCCUGCGCCCAGAGCUCCAAGCUGACGCGUCACAUGAAGACCCACGGUCAGUUCGGGAAGGAGGUGUAUCGAUGCGACAUUUGCCACAUGCCCUUCAGUGUCUACAGCACACUGGAGAAACACAUGAAGAAAUGGCACGGUGAACAUUUGAUGGCCAGUGAGGUCAAACUGGAGCAAGCGGACAGAGGUUAAGCCACCAGCGAUAAGUUAUAAAGCAUAUGGUAUACGGUACACACACAUCUGUGCGCUCUCUUCACACACACACGCAAUUACACACAUACACGCACAUAAAUCCUAACACCACUUCUUCAGUGACGGGGCUUGGCUGGAUUAUCACUCUCUUGAAAAAAAGAAAAAAAACAAAACAAAUUAAGAUUGAUUGAUGUUUAUCAUUUUUUUUCUUGUCACAGAAACUGCCACCUGAGAAUAUUACCAAAUGGAAACUUUAAUAACUUGUCUGAAAUACUCAACUGGGUGUUUUAUGGCAAACAGUCUGAGGAUUUUAUCAGUUAGGAAUCUAUGGAGCCUUUCUACUGUGCAAUAAUUUCUGUAUUUAUUGGAUUUUUGUAAUGAUAUUUGGCAUGUGCAGGUAAAUCUUUGUGGGAUUUCAUAUGGAGUUAGUUUUGAAAUGUUCUAAAAAGAAACUUUUUUUUCUAAAAUGCUAUAACUGAGAAGACGUCACCACGAAUACAAUGUUUUACUUUUUUUUUCCUUUAGGAAGCUUGUUAUCUUGUGAGAGUAAAUUUGUGUGAAGCAGUUAGCUUUUAAAAGUAAAAAAAAGAAAAGGGGAAAAAAAAGAAAAGAAAAAAAAGAUUUGUUUUCUAUAUUACCUGCAGCAGCGGAUUACAAUCCAUUCCCUCAUACAGGCCUAAAGCACUGAAUGUCUGCCUGACAAUAAAACAUCCUUUCUGGAUUUAAAAAAUCCGACAUUAUCUUAGAGAUCUGGUAAGUUGGUGUUAAUUUAUUCAGGGAGCGUUGUCCUUUUUAAGAAAUGGCAAAAAAAAAAAAAAAAAAAACAAACAAAAAAAACAUUGGAACAAUUUCAAAAUGCAGUUACUGUAUCAGUGUCCUUGCUGCAAAAAGGACGUAAAUAAAGGUUGCACUUAACAGAGAUACCCUUAAACUGAUGCUCAGUACAUUCCUAAUGUAGGAUUAAACCACCAUAUUUAAUAUGUUGAAUAAGUUAAGACUACUUGUGAUUAAUGUGAGAAUGGGAACAGUCCUUUUUAUGGUUUGUAAAUAUUCAUUUUUUUAUAUAUAUAUGUUAAAGUAGCCCUGACUGUAAAUGAAAGAUGGCCUAAAUCUACACAAUCAAAAAAAAAAAAAAACCAGCUGCUUACAUAUCUGACAUGUAACUACCAUCCUUUUCUUUUCUUCAUUAAGCCCACCCCCAGUUCACUGUCAAAAGCUCAUUUGUUGAGCAAAAUUUGCUCUCCUGUCAAAAACCACUCCCUCCUGUGUCUGAUGUGGAACAUCUCGGUGACCCGAACUGACUUCCUAUAUCCCACGACGACCGCGCCCCACUAACCCCCCCCCCCCCCAAAAAAAAAAAAACCUGGUUCUCAAAUGAAAUGAAAUUCACGUCCCUUCGCGUUUCUCCGCUCCGAGCUUCUCCCUCUCUCUGAUGGCAUCUUUUCACAGUCCGCCAUCUCAGACUCAUGCAUUAAGAGUUGCUUUUUAAACGGGAAGGCCGCUCAGUCGCCUCACGCGGCGACACGAGGCGGGCUUUAACUCCCUGUAGCAGAUUUUUGAGACAGUGUGCCCGUACGUGUCUUUCGGGGAUUACGUUUUUUUAUUUUUUAUUUUCUGCAUCGUUCAUCCUAAAAUGAGUCUGUUUGAACAAAAAAA